UAAUGAGUACUAUACUUACUCUUUAUGAAUUUAAAGAAGUGCUAUAUAAAUCCAAAUGAUUAUUUGAUGUUUUAAAAUUCAAGAAGGCGAUGGAAAACAUGUGGUCAUCCGCGUAUUACGAAACAGGACCGCCACACCAUAUGCGGUCAGGGCGAUCAACCCUGUGGUCCUGAGAAGUUUGGAUCAUCAUGUCAACUCACUUGCCACUGUGUCGACCUCACGUCCUGUAAGGCUGAUGGCUUGUGUUCAUCAUGCAGUUAUGAAUGGGGAGGCCAGACCUGCCAAAUACAGCUGGCUAAAUUAGAUCCGUCAGCCUUGACCCUUACACAGCAUGAUACCAAAGGCAGUAAUGAAGCUGAUAAUGCCGUUGAUGGAGUUAUCACCACAUAUGCUUGGGCUCAAGAUAUGGCCAAUGAGUCGAUUGUAUGGUGGAGGGCCGAUUUAGGAAAAAAGCGUCCUAUACAUCAUGUUAACAUCAAAUUUUUUCAGGAUAGUGGUGAUAACAGUGUACCGCCUCGUCGCCCUGGUUUUUCUGUCGCCAUCACAAACGAGACAAGCAAUUAUCCUGACACCAACUCCUGCUAUAAAGACCAAUCGGAUAAUGGCGAUCAGAUCACAGAAGUUUCCUUAAUGCAAUGCUCAGGCAUUGGUCAACACAUCACCGUGUACAACCAAAGGGGAGAUAAAAAACAAAAUGACUGGUCACGUUACGCAAAUCUGCAGCUUGCUGAAGUGGAAAUUAUGGAAGAUAUUGGCUGCAGUGAUGGAACAUGGGGUCAGAAAUGCGAUCAGGAGUGUGGCAAAUGUCAGGACGGGAAAUGUUCCCGUGACGGAGGCAAAUGUGAAGGAAAUUGUAUUGAAGGCUGGUAUGGAGAGAAAUGUGACACACCUUGUUCCGAGUUUUGUGCUGGAUGUGAUCAGACGUCUGGGAAGUGUACGGCCUGUGUUGGGGGAAAUCGAAGAUCUGGGGAAAUGUGCGACCAGUGCCCACAAUGUCUGAAUAACCAAUGCCAUGUAAACGGAACUUGUAAAGUGUCAUGUGCUGACAAAACCCAGCAUGGGGAUAAUUGCGAUAUACCUUGUUCAGUUACGAUUAAAGAUUGCGUUGAAUGUGAGUCGGUAAACAAUAAUGCUCUCUGUUCAAAAUGUGUCGAUGGUCUGUAUGGGUCCAGGUGUAUGGAAAAAUGUCCAGAUAACUGUGAGUCUUGUGAUAACGACACGCUGUGUACGGAAUGUAUGAAAGGAUACUCUGGACCAACUUGCAGUGCGAUUUGCAAGCAUGAUCAUUGUUCCCAUUGUAAUGUCUCUGGCGAUUGUUUGAAGUGUGAAAAAGGGUUUUUCUAUGAAAAAUAUCAAAAGAAAAUAUGUGUCAGCUGUACAAAUAUUACUGAGUUAAGUAACUGCUACGAUUGUGAAAGUUAUGUCAAGUGCAUAGAAUGUCAACCAGGGUUUUAUCUGAAAUCUGCAAAUCAGUGUGAAAAAUGUCCCGACCAUUGUCUAGAGUGUUCGUCAGAAAGUACGUGUUCCAAGUGCGAGUUGGAAUGGAGCGGCGUUAGUUGCAAAUGUGGGCCCUACUGUAACCAAACCUCUACACUCGCCGAUUGGUGCAUUGAGACUAACGGAUCCUGCACGAAAGGCUGUUCCGGGGAGAAUUACACGAGUACUUGUGACAAACACUGUCCAGGAAUUGAUUGCCUUGUGUGUACACAGAAUGACGGCCAAUGUCUCCAAUGUGUUAGCGGUAAAUAUGGGCAGUACACGUCCUGUAGUGACAAUUGCGGCCACUGCUUGGAUGGAAUAUGUGACAUCCGUGAUGGUACCUGCAAGGGGGCGUGUCACAACACUUACCAUGGCGAUAAAUGUAAUCAGACUUGUCCUGCUAAUUGUAACUCUACAGAUUGUGUACAAAUCACAGGGGCGUGUUUUGGUUGUAUAGGAGGUUUCUUUGGUGACAAAUGUGAUCAGACAUGUCCUGCUAAUUGUAACUCUACAGAUUGUAAACAAAGCACAGGGGCUUGUUCUGGGUGUAAAAAAGGUUUCUUUGGUGACAAAUGUGAUCAAGAAUGCAAUGCAAACUGUUUGGAUUCUAAUUUUGUUCAUGGCUGUCAACAGCAAGAUGGCAAUUGCAAAAAUUGUAAACCUGGGUUUUAUGGUGAUAAAUGUGAACAAAAAUGUAACCCUAAAUGUCGCUAUGACGGUGGGGCGUCAGGGUGUAGGAAGUCUGACGGUCGAUGCCAUUCAUGUGAAGACGGAUACUACAGUCUGAGCUGUGAAUUAAACUGCAGUGCAAAUUGUAUAAGCAAAUGCGAUAAAGACUCUGGUCAUUGCUUUGGAUGCAAAAGUGUGUUCUAUGGCCCAUUCUGCAACAAAUCAUGCCCAAACAACUGUGCAAUAAACUGUGACCAAGAUUCGGGCAAAUGUUUUGGCUGCAAACCAGGGUCAUAUGGUUUUAAGUGUACAGACAUCUGUUCGAGAACUUGUGCUGUAGAAGGACCCGUGGCGGAUUGUGCCCAAGAUGAUGGGACUUGUGUUACAUGUCCGUUUGGAAAGAAUGGAAGAUUUUGUAAUAAAACCUGUCCAGGGUUUUGUGCGAGACAAGAUGGGGAGAAGGGCACCGGACCAUGUGACCAGAUGACGGGCGUGUGUAUACACAACUGCCAGGUGGGGUACCACAAUGACACAUGUAACGUGAGAUGUAACGAUGGAUGUCAGGGUAUGCUGUGUAACCGAGAAACUGCGGAGUGCCUCAACGGCUGUGCAGAGGGAUUUACUGGGACAAAUUGUGCUAAGCAGAUGGACCAAGGCGAUGGGACAUUGAUCAUCAUUUUGGUUGUUGUGCUGGUGGUAAUCCUGGCUGCUGCUGCUGUCAUCUUUUUCAUCUUCAGGAGGAGAUUGAUUUGCAAGAAAAAGGGCCAGACAAACGAAACUCCCUUGAAGCGUCUGCAUUCCUCUCCCGAAGAAAAGGAAACCCUCAUUAAAGGCCGUUCAAAGAAAGACAUUAUACCAAUUGUGCCAAAGCGAAGUUCACGCUUGCAAAAUGGGACAACUGAUGUAGAGGAUGGCUUUGGUAUCACUGAAGAAAAUCCAUUGCUCGGCCCAGAAGAAGCAACAAAGCCCGAGGAUUAUUAUAAUCUGAGUUCCCGGAUAAAAGUGCAAGACUUUGCCUUCUACUUGAAAAAUCGUAGAAACCAGGAUCCGAACUGGUUUAAAGAGGAAUUUAAGAAACUGCCAUCUGGCCUUCUGAAGGAGGCCAAAGACUCUGGAUUGCCUGCCAACAGGGGGAAAUGUCGGUACAAAAUGCUCUAUCCAUAUGACGAUACCAGGGUUCGUCUUGAGUCAGACGGCGACCAACGUGGCGAUUUCAUAAAUGCAUCGUACAUGAAUGGUUACAAAAAGCCACAGGCAUUUAUCGCUGCACAGGGUCCGACCGAUACCACACUGGCUGAUUUCUGGCGCAUGAUCUGGCAGCAAGGAUGCGAUAAGAUCGUCAUGCUUACCAACCUGUUCGAAGAAUGUAAGAUGAAGUGCGUAAAAUACUGGCCUGACACAGAUAAACCGGAGGUGUAUGGAAAUUAUGAGGUUACCAUGGUUACCGAAACAUGUCUUCCAAACUACACAAUCAGAAACUUGGAGGCUACACUUAUGUCAACCAAAGAAGUGAAGGACUUCACGAUGUACCACUACACCUCAUGGCCAGACAGGAAUGUUCCCGACAACCCUGGGGUCAUACUGACCUUCAAAGAUAAGGUUAUGGAGGGAAAAGUGAUCCAUGGUGGGCCCAUUCUAGUACACUGCAGUGCUGGUAUAGGGAGGACGGGGACAUUUAUUGCCCUCGACUUUCUGAUACAGCAAGCCAAGGAAGAGCCCGACAUCGAUGUGUUCCGCACUGUCACAGACAUGCGCUACCAGAGGGCAAACUUUGUGCAAACGGAUAUACAAUAUGAAUUCCUGCACAACGCAAUCCUUGAGGCACUAACUGUGAAGGAUCACGAGGUUACCAUGAACCAGUUUGUUUCUUAUUGCGCAACUCUUCUGGAAAAUGACAGAGAACUUCUGAGACAUCAAUACAAUACCAUGAAUGAGAUGUCCCCAGUGCUCGAAGCCAGAAAUUUUCAAGUGGGAUCGAGUGAUGAGAAUGUGCACAAAAACCGUGACCCGACGAUCCUGCCCCCGGACAUGAGUCGAGCCUACCUAUCUACUCCUGUGAAAGGCUCAAAUGAGUACAUCAAUGCUGUGUUCAUACCGACAUCUUUAAACAAGAAGGGCUUCCUGCUGACCCAGAUGCCCUUACCUCACACCGUAACGGAUUUCUGGCGUCUCGUGUAUGACCAACACAUCAGGAAUGUUGUCAUGAUGAACAACGUCGACGAUGAUGACGAGACCAUCGGAGAGUAUUGGCCAUUGGAUGACAGUGUAUACGGACCCUUCCAUGUGGAGCUGCUCAGCUGUGAAAAUAACGAUGAUGACUUUCUCUCUAUCAUGAAUAUACACCUUACCUACAAGUCCUUGAGUCACGAGUCGAAGAUGACGGUAAAACUGUUUCGGUUCGAGGGUUGGCCAGACAAAGAUCCAGUCCCGUUGGAAACCAGAGCUCUGACGUCGCUGAUUAGCCGUGUCGCUCACGCCCCGCGUGACUCGCCACAGGAAUCAGUUAUUGUGCAUUGCAUGAAUGGUGCUGACCGUAGUGGGCUGUACUGUGUAUUGUCAGACGUUUUAGAGCGGUUACAGUCUGAACAGAAGGUUAACAUUCCUCAGUGUAUACUGCAGAUGAGACAUAAUCGACCGCAGAUUAUAUCCAGCGAAGACCAGUUUGAAUUUGUAUACAGAGCAGUGGCAGAAUAUAUUGACUCUACCCAGAUAUACUCAAAUGCAUUGUAAAAGCCUAAAGACAGGUCAAAAUGAAUAAAAAACUUUGUGUUAGGAUUUUAAGGUAUCCCAUGGACAAAUUAGCUUGUCAUUUUAUUGGACUGUUGAAAUGCCAUCGGCAGGCCUUUAGCAGCCAUCGACAGUGCAUGGGCCGGCCAUCAGCGAUAAUCUUCAAUUUGUAUGCCUAAUGACCCCAUAUAUACUGGAAGGGCUUCUUAAUAUGGACAAUUUGUUGCUCUGGACCGAUUUUGAUAACACCGGUGUGAUUUCAGUAACAGAAAAUGGUUAAAAAAAAUUGGUCUGAAAUUUGUUCCUUUUUUUUAUUUUUGGUCCAAAAACGCUAAGUCAGUAAAAAUUGUAAUACACAAACCUGGUUUGUCAUUCACACAUCCCCAAAUCACCCUAAUAAAAGGGUUAUCAUUUGGAAGAGUUUCGCUUGCUGAUUAACAAGUGUAUAAGACAGAUUGACAAGAAUACAUUACAGCUAAAGUUAUUGCAGAUUGUAUAUUUGUUCUUUAUUUCAAUUAAACAUAAAAUGGCUGAAUUUUGAAGGUCGAAAUAUUGUGUUUAAAAUAUUGUUCUCAGUAUGUACUUCAAACCUUUUUACAUGAUACCAGAAUUACAUGGGGUCACUAGGCAUACAAAAAUAACAUAAUUGAACAACUGUCACCUUAAUAAUCAAAGAAUGCAAACAAGUGGAGAUUAGUUGGAAAAAACAACAACAAUAUUUUUAAGUUUUAUUGUGCUUAGCAUUUUAAGUGCAUUUUUGAAUUUGUGUAAGCAUUGCUUUUCAAGAGUAAUUAAUUAUAUUAAGUGAGAAACUGUUUACAUGCUCAUUUUAUAUAAUCCGUGCUUUUCAGAGAAUUUGAAAAAUAUACCAACAGUGUUUUUUUUUUAAUUUAUAUACAUCUUUAAUACUGCAUUUGACUGAAAGUACUUAGUAGCUAGCAAUUGCAGGAUCUGAUGUUAAAUGUGCCAUAGUUAUGAUAUAUAUAUAUAAAUAAAACUGCUGAUUCAUAUUAGGACAAAUUUUGGUGCAAGUAUUGUAUUUUUUGGAAACACAAAUUAAGUUUCACAUUAUUUCUGUGCAAUUUUAAUAUCCGGUUUUCUUGACACAAGGAGUGUGAAAAAACAGCAUACCAAUGUGGUCAUGCUUACUUUUGCGUCUAUUUUUCACUUUUUGAAAAAAAAGUGAUUGUGUCAAAUGACUUAAAACACCAAAUACCGAAACUUGCUAUUGUGUGUAUAUCUGAUUUUUAUGCAUAAGGCCUAAAAAAAAAAAACAUUUGGUUCGGGUUACCCGACCCUACCUACGGAAUAGGCGCCGACCCUACCGUUUUUAUAGUCAGUUUGAAAAAAAAAUGAAAAACUAAAAAAAAAAAAAAAAAUAUUUUUUUUUUCGUUUUUUUUUUAUUGCUUUUCAAUAUGAAGUUUAAAUCUUAAUUGCUUAUACAGAAGAUUGCUUUAACACCAUUCUCCAAUGAUGAAAAUGAUAUUCUUAUAUAAAGCCUAAUAAAAAAAAAAAAAAAUAAAAAAAAAAAGAAGCCUACCUACCCUACCUAUUUUUGAAAAGGAUGUAACCCUAACCAAACAAUUUUUUUUUUAGGCCUAAUACAAUUUUUUAUAUUUGACUUUUAUCUGCCAUAAAUCUUAAAAUACUGAAAACUGCCUACCUUUUUUUAGGAAAUAGUUGGCCAAUUUUUCAGAUUUAAUCAUUUGGGAUUUCAAUUUCUAGUCAUUAAUGAAAGCUACAUUUAAUUAUACCUUUCACUAGGUUUUUAUUUUGCUAUCAGAUGGAUUGCAAAAGAAAUCAAAAAUCAAACUCUGAAAAUCAAUCUUACUGUUCGACAAACACAGCAAUAUGCAUUGACCUUUUAAAGCUGCACUCUCACAGAAGUUUUGACAACUUUUUUAUUUUUUGUCUUGGAACAAGCCAAUUUUUUGCCGGAAUACAUGUAAACCAGUUAUAUAAGACUGCUGACAAAAAAUUAGAUCGCAGAUUUUUAUAUUUAAGUUGAAAAAGUGAAAUUUUAUGCAUUUUUCUUAAACCGUUAACAGUUUAAGCCAUAAAACAUUAAUUUUCGAACAGAUAUAUGAAAAUAUAUAAUCUGAUUUUUUUGUCAGCAAACUUAUAUCAUUGGUUUGCAGAUAUUUAUGCAAAAAUUUGCUCUUUCUAACACAAAAAAUAGAAAAGUUGUAAAAAUGGUAAAUCUCUGAGAGUGCAGCUUUAAUGACUCAACUUAGUACACCAAAGCCUUUAUCAGUAUUUUCCAUGAACAUUAAAAUGUAGCAUAUAGAAGGCUUCUUGCUCAAACAGCAAUGUUAGCAUAGAGUUUCUAGCUCAAACAGCAAUGUUAGCAUAGAGUUUCUAGCUCAAACAGCAAUGUUAGCAUAGAUAAUCAUUUUUAAAGAUGACGAGAACAGUUUUAGUAUAAUUGUUUAGUCAUUGACAAAUUGAAUUCCAUACCUGAGAAUUACUUAAGUAGUGUUUUUUUGUUGUAAAUGUUUUAAAGUGGUUUUAGUUUGAAAAAACACAUUUUUGUUGUUGUUGUUUUAAAAAAAAGACUCAUUUAACAUCAGUUUUAAAGUGUAUAUGAAGAAUUUUUAAGCAUUGACACAUCAUGUUUAUAGAAUAGAUCAAGUACUAUAUUCAUCACAAUAGACACACAUGUCCUAAUAAACGACGGGAAAUUUUCAAUAUUUUUUUUUUUUUAAUAUAGUUGUGUAAUUUUCUCAUUUUAAUGAUUUGUGAGACUUUAAAAGGAAAUUAUUUUACACAUAACCUUGAUAGUAUCAGAUACUAACUUACAAGUCAUGCUCAAGAUUCUAAAAAUAAAUUUGUGCUUGGGCAUUUUUGCAGAUUCCAGGAUCCAAACAAUUCCUAUUUUCAUUUCAAACAAGCCCAAAUGGAUCAUAUUUUGCCAUUUUGUUGACACAGCACCAGCCAAAGACAACUAUUAAAUAGCUAUACCCUAGUGUGUGGUACACACAACCAACUUUUACUUUCAAAUUUGGAAAACAAUGGGUCUAAAAAAUGACCCCUCUGUUAGGGAAAGGGUGUGUCUAUUGGGACAAAUACCAUAUUUGAAUUGCAUUUUUAAACUUGUAAAUGUUUUAAGUACAACUCGAGUGAAUGUUUUGUAACUAUUAUGUACUUCAGAAAUUUAAUAUUUUAACCUAUUAAUCCAGUACCAAUUUAAUAAGUACAGCAUACUUAGAUUGUAUAAAUUGUUGUACAUUUUAUAGGCCCAAAACCUGAUAUAAUGUACAAAUAGAUUUUCAUUUAUUUUAGUGUGUAUUUUUAAAUUCCAUAUGUGCAAUGUAUAAUAUUUCUGAUUAGAUCCUUAUUUUGAUGGAAGAAGUGUAUUAGGUGAUAAUGAUGUUCACAUGUAAGAUUUCAAAUGUAUAUGUUGUAACACUUUGACUUUUCGAGUUCUCUGAAAUCAUUUGUUUUUGUGGUACAUGUAGUCACAUUUUUGCAAUUCAGAGAAAUUGCAAAUGUACUUUGUUUGAAUUUUUCAUCAUUUCAUUUUUUUUUAUUUCCAAUAAGGGCUAUUCCAGUAAAACAUAUAACCCGCAGGGGAAAGGCAAUUAUUUAAAUAGUAAAUGGGUGGGUGUCUUUUUUGGCUAAUCUGGACCAUGGUAGGGUAAAUUUGCUUCUGUAGGGGGUGGUAUAUUUUAAAAGUGCCUUCCCCCGGGGGUUAUAUGUUUAAAUGGAAUAGCCCUAAAUUGCUCUAUCAUACUGUGUAAGGGAAUUGAAUUGUUUAUUUAUGUAUAAGUGUUAACGCUCAUAUUCAUGCCAGUAGGAUAACUUAUAAGAUUUUGAUUGAAAGUGACACUCAUAUUUAAAAUGAAUACAAACACAUGUAAAGCACACAUACAUUUUGAGUGAUUAACCUUUAACUCAUCGCUGAAUAAUGCAUUUAUGGAUUUUUUUAUUACUGAUAACAAGAUUGUAUGUGUGUAUUUAAUGGCAGAAUACACACAAACUUUAAAUGACUUGUCAGUCCUAAAUGAUUUAGGAUUAACUAUUGUCUCAUAUGGUAGAAAUACCGUGUUUUCUGCACCUUUUUCUCAAAUUAACCACUGUAUCCUUCGUAAGAACCAUUCUUUUUUAUAUUUAUUCAUCCUUUUUGGAGGAUUAAAACAAUGGUGUAAAUUGUGCUGCAUUAUUUGUAAGCAUGCAUCUUUAAUCACGAAGAAAGCUUAACAAUGUAUACACCAACUUUCAAUUAAGUCAUUAUAAAUUUGUUGAUGAAAUUGAUUAUUCAGCGCUUCCCAAGUCAAGAGACUUUCACACCAACACUAAGAAAGUUAUAAUUAGUUAUUUUUGCCUUGCCAGUUAACAAUACCAGCAGCUGCCCAUAGCCUGCUACUACCUAUAUAAAGGUUAUUAAAAAGUAACUUUUUGCAUGUUUCUGUAAAUUUCCUCUUAUAUUUCAUUUCCUAUAUUUCCUGCUCAAAAUCUGUGUAAUGGACCAAGUUUUCUUUUUACCUCUUAGAAAAUAAAAGUAGAUUUAUGUAUGUAUAUAAGCUAUGUCUAAUAUAUGUAUAUUAUGAAUUGCUUUAUUUUUUUAAGUGAUUAUGCUUUGUAAAGAAAUUUAUAGUACAUUGUAUUUUUGGGGGGUUCUGUAUAUAAUCAGUAAAAGUUACACCUUUGUCAUAUUUUUUAGCAUAUUGUGUAUCGGUAUACAAGGUAUGGCAGACAUAAUGGAACGAUGUCAGACGUCAUGGAACGUCAAGUGAGGAGAUGGUUAUAAAAGAGUCAGGCCCAAAUCUCUCGAAACUUCUGAAGUCCUUUAUAACAGGAUCAUGCUAAGCUCACUAUUUUUUUUUGUCUAAUAUUCAAGAUAUAUUUACUUCGCUGAGAGGUUCUGGACUUUCAAUAACAAUUAACAGUUUUGUAUUUAUGAAAAUCAUUUUUAACAAUGUAUUUCGGCUCAUUGAAAUUAGCUACUUAACCCUACUAAGCUUAAAAAGAUUGGGGCAAUAUCUGCUAAAAAAUAUUAUUUUAUGGCAAUGAAAAGAUUUUAAAUAUACUGUUAAUUCUUCAAAAUAUUUUUAAACAUACAUAUUACAAUUACAAAUUAUGACAUCAUUUUCAGAAAACAUCAAAGAUCUUCUACUGGCAAUGGAAAGGUUUUAGAUAUACUAUUUAUUCUUCAAUAAAAAUUAAACUGAUUAAUAACAAUUAUAACAUCAUUUUUCGGAAAACAUCCGAGAUCUUCUAAUGCCAAACCAGGAUAUGAAGAUGACCCCAUUUGUAUACCUAUUUAUGAACCAUAGGAAAAAAAUAAUGUUUUUGUUUUUUGUUUUUUUUAGCUGAUUGCGUAUGUUUCUAACUAAAAAAGAGCUCAAGAAUACUGUUAAAUGUCUAUAUAGGAUAUCUCAACAGAUUGGGAAUGUAUCUUACAAAAGCUUCAAAAAGUGACUUAGAUCUAUGGUACUCUUCAACUCCAGGCAUCCAAAAACGAAAAAUUUUGCAGCCCAUGUCACAUGAGUUUUUGUUUUGAAAAUCAUUGUAUUAAUCCUGAUACAUGUAAAUAUGUAAACAAGACACAAAAUGUGGGUCUUGUAACUUGCUUGUUACUAUGGAAAUAAAGAAAUUGUAACCAUAUAAAUACACCAGUACUAAACAAUUGAUAACCUAAUAAUUAUAAAUUCAAAAGUCAUAAAUGUUGUAGGGGUUGCAUUUAAAAGAGUGGGUUUUUAAAAAAAAUAAAAUUGGUUCAUGUGUACAGUUUUGAAAACAAAUAUCAAUGUUGUGAUUGGAUGACCUUGACUGUGACCUUUUGACCUACAUUUACUUGCUGCUUUUUUAAGCUAAAGUCCAAUGAAAUUUGGACCUUAAGUAUAGUUUUUUAAAGAAGUAUCAAUGUUGUCCUUGGAUAACCUAUUCUGUAACAUUUAGGCCUAUUUUUUUAUAGAUGAGGCUACAGCAAUAAAAUUUGUACUAUGUGUACAGUUUUGAAAACAAAUAUCACUGUUGUGAUUGGAUGGCCUUGAAUGUGACCUUUUGACCUACCGGUACAUUCUUAUUUUUGAAGCUAUAGCAAUGAAAUUUGUACCAUGUGUACAGUUUUGAAAACAAAUAUCACUGUUGUGCUUGGAUGGCCUUGAAUGUGACCUUUUGACCUACAUUCUUAUUUUUGAAGCUAUAGCAAUGAAAUUUGUACCAUGUGUACAGUGUUUAAAACAAAUAACCAUGUUGUGCUCAGAUGACCUUAACAUCUACAACAUUUGACAAUACAAGAUCCUAGUUUUAUCUCUAGUGCAUCGCCAGAAACCAAUAAACUCAUUAAUUCUCAUAAAAAAAGUCUUAAAUUUUUCACUCAGGUUAGCAAUUUAGGGCUCUUUAAUAAAAGAAUAACACAAAAUUUCAUCCAAAAAUAUUUCCCUUGAAGAAAGAUUUUGACUUGUGUUUUGUUUGCAGAGACAAAUGCAUACAAAGAAGAAGGUUAUAGUCAUAUGGGGGGUUGUAAUAUGAUUUAGUGAUACAUGAAAUAUUGCAUAUAGUUUUGUCAACAUUUUAUUAGAAUUGCAUUGCACAGAUUACCUUAAUCUCUUACCAAACACAUAACCAUGCAUAAUAGUCACAAAUUUAUGUGUAAUCUUUCCAGUAAUUAACACAUUUUAAAUAGUAUUACUAUUGUUUAUUGUAUUAUUGUUCUUGUAGGUUGUGCUUAGAAAGCAGAAUUUUGUAAACCUGUAUUCUUUUUAUUCUUAAUUUCUUAUUACAUUUUAUAUUGCUGCCAUUUUUACAUAAAAAUCAUGAAAUAUAGUCACAUUGUCUCCUAAACUAGCUACAAUCUUUCAUAUGUUUUAACAUGAAGUUAAUGUCAAGUUCAGAUUAUUUUAUUAAAUGGAUUGUUUUUAUUGUCUUUUUUUCCAUCCUUACAAACCUUAAGAGAGCUGUAUGUUAAAGGGGCUGUACUCCGUAUGAUGAAAUAGCGAAAAAAAGAGAGAAAAUUGUCGAAAACUGACAUAAACUUGGUAUCGAUGUGUACAAUGCAUUGAAACUUACUGAAGUACCACAUAGUUUACAAUUCAUUUAUUUUUUCACAGUUUUUUCGUAUUUAUCCAUUAAAAAAGAUUAGAUGGUAUGUCUACCUAGUAGAAUUAAUUCCUUAUGCGUGAUUGGCUAGUUGAUGUUAUCAUGUGAUAUUACCAAGUAAGGUAUAAAGCUUAAAUAUUCCAACCAUUUAGGGUAAGCUUUUGUAGCUUAUUGGAUACAACACUGGACUGCAAUUUUGGCGACACUGGUUUCCGACUCUUUUUUUUUUUACAUUUUGGUAAAAAAAAAAAAUUAUGAUAUCAAAGAGUAAAGCAUUUUAUUAAAUAAUUGUCCUGAGAUUUGUUACAGAAAAACACUUCUUUUGGUGCCAAUCUGGUGUACAGUCCCUUUAAGAUAAACCUUCAAACACCAAUUCAAUGACCAUGUCCUUUUUUCAGUUAAGAUUAUGCUGUUUAGCAGGAAGCUGACUUUGCUGUUGUAAAUAUGUAAUGAUUUUCUAUUAUGUGCUUUUACUUUUUUUUCUAUAUUUGACAUGCUGUCAUAGUAAAUAAACAUGUACACUGUC